CGCUUUUGCUAUCAAAGUGUCAAACAAAAUCUUUCUUUCUUUUUGUUUUGUGCGAAAUCUCGCGAAAUUUUAUAUUUGGCGAAUACUUGUGAUAACUUGUGUGUAUUGGGUUAAUUCGUAAAGAUUAGUUGUAUUAUAAUUUAUUGUAAGUCUAGUGUUGUAAAGAACCUCUAUUAAAAUCACAAGUGUCCUAAACUUUCCUCGAAACUCGGCCCAGUUCUUCAGCGAGUUUAUUUCUUCAAUCAAAAUGUUUCGAUCAGACGCUCAGCAACAGCAGAACAGUUCAGUAAGCAUCAAUAUGCUCAACAUUGAAAUGAUAGCGCUGAUACAAAAAGAGAUAGAUCCCUAUGAUAUGAUAUCGCUUGUAUUCCUGUUGUACGAAAAUCCCGAUACAGCCCUGCAACGUCUUGUUAUUUAUCAACGUGUCUCGAUGGAUAUUGACGGGAACGACACGAACCUUUUGCACGACUGGGUAGUUCAUUCGCAAUCCCGACCCACCUGGCGAAAUGAGUUCUUGGAAGCUUUAACUACUUGUCAGCUUUAUUCCAUCAUAAGAAAAUUGGGUCUAAAUGUAUCAGCUGUCAAACAAUUUUACCAAAAUUCAGGAAAUAAUACUCUGAUACAUCCAAUGAAAAAGGCACUUUACAAAUUAUGUGAACAUAUGAAUACAGAAAACAUUUAUAAACUAAAAAAGACACUACUGACGUAUGAAAUAGAUUGUACAGAUUAUGAGUCAUGUGAGCUAAUCUUUUUAGACUUAAUGUGUCGAAGAUUUAUUUCUAUUAGUAAGCAAAAUGCAAGGGGGAAUAGUGAUUGUGGAAUAGAAAAUCUGGCAAAAAUUAUUGACAACUUUUCUGACGUUCAAAGUUUUGCUGAUGAAUUGCGAAGAAUUGAAGAUAUUCAUUCUGAUAAAUCAAAAGUAAAUGAUGUGUUGUUUACUAGUACUCCAUCAGCAAGUGUGAAAGAUGUAUCUAAAGAAGAAGACAAUACCAAAAAAUAUGCCAAUGAUUUAAGUGAUGUCUUUAAAUGGUUUAAUGGGCUUAAUGUGGAUGAUAUACCAGAUAAGGAAUUAAAAUCUGACACAAAGCUUCUUAGUAACGAUGCAUAUCCAAUAAAAGAUUCCAAAAAUGUUGGUGUAUGUCUCAUAAUAAACCAAGAAAAGUUCCAUCCUUCAAAAGAAAGUAUAACAGGAAAUGUUCAAAGCAACCUAUUGGGGGACCGACUUGGCUCAACUAAAGAUAAAGAAGCUCUUAAAAGUACUAUGUCAGGCCUUAACUUUGAAGUAAUAACAUAUGACAAUAUUAAUCAUCAGGAAAUGUUUGAGAAAAUUAAAGAUGUGGUUAAGUACAGAGUCCAUGACAACCACAGCAUGUUUAUGUUAUGCAUUCUGUCACAUGGCACAAAAGGACAUGUAUAUGCAGCUGAUUCUGUCAAAGUCAAGGUUGAAGAUAUAGAAAGUUUACUAGACUCAGAUGAAUUUACUAAGCUGAGACAUAAACCAAAAUUAAUAAUCCUACAAGCAUGUCAAGACAAUAAUGAUGAUCCAUAUAUCCCCAUGGUCGCAGAUAGCCCACGACCUGUCUACCGGCACUACAUAAAGAAGUCUGAUUUCAUCAUUUACUGGGCAACUGCACCAGGCUAUGAAUCCUUCAGACAUGAAGAGAUGGGCUCAAUUUUUAUACAAAUGCUUUGUGAAACUUUAAAGCAUUACUCUGGAACAGACCAUGUUAAUGAUUUGUUCACUAGAGUCAAUUAUUUGGUUAAGAGAAUAUGUGUUAGUCUCAAACGAGACCAGUUACCAAAAGUGGAACAUACUCUAAUGAAAAAACUGUACUUACAAAUUCCUGAAAAAAGUCAGAAAUAAUUUUAACUUAAAGGAGAAAAGAACCUAGUACUGCUAAGUAAAAUAUUUUAUUUUAACUGUAUAUUUUUGUAAUCUUUACCCUUAGAAAAACUUAUAUAAUGUCAUUAAAUAUAAAACUUUAUUUACAA